CACACACACACCCAUUUAUAUAGGCGGUGGCGGCGGCAGCGGCUGGGGCGGCGACGGCGGUGAGCGCAGGAAUGAUGAAGCUGAGCCAGGAGACCCGGGUUGGAAGCAAGUGAGGCGAGCCCAGGUUCACCACGGGAUUUCGGUGCCCGGCGCUUGUCAUCCUCCUCAGGGAACCGUGCACGCGGAGAAGUACUGGCUGGACUGAUUUGCUAGGGGGAGGGCAGGGAAGAGGGGGAGGCCAGGUGAGCAGGGAGCCCCCUGCGUAUCCGGACUGUCAGGACGCACCUUUGCCCCACGCCUGCCCCCUCUCCGCCCAGGUGGGCGCGCCCGGUUCCCUGCUCGCCGGGGACGCUUUGAGGAGACCAGAAAGUCGCGGCCCGGCUGCGCGGGAUGCCUUUCGCCAAGCGGAUCGUGGAGCCGCAGUGGCUAUGCCGGCAGCGGCGGCCGGCGCCUGGCCCGGAGGAGGACGCGGACGGAGGCAGCACUGAGCCGCCGCCGCCCCUGCAGCCGCCCAGCCGACGGGACGAGGCUGUGGCGCCGGGGCCAGAGGAUCCUUCCCGCGCACCUCCCGGGCCCCCGCCGCUGCCCGCGCCGACCGACCAGGCGCCGCUGCCGCCGCCGCCGCCGCCGCUGCACGGAGAGGCGCCCGCGGUAGGUGAGGAGAGCACGGCGGGGGUCCUGGAGGCGGCGUCCACGGCUGGCGAGGCGUCCUCGGCGGCGGCGGCAGCCGUGCUGCUCAUGCUGGACCUGUGCGCGGUCAGCAACGCCGCGCUGGCCCGCGUCCUCAGGCAGCUCUCGGACGUGGCCCGGCACGCGUGCAGCCUCUUCCAGGAGCUCGAGAGCGACAUCCAGCUCACCCACCGCCGCGUCUGGGCGCUGCAGGGCAAGCUCGGCGGCGUGCAGCGCGUCCUCGGCACGCUGGACCCGAAACAGGAGGCAGUGCCCGUCUCCAACCUGGACGUCGAGAGCAAGCUGAGCGUGUACUACCGCGCACCGUGGCACCCGCAGAGAAACAUCUUCCUUCCGGCCACCAGGCCGCCCUGCGUGGAGGAACUACACCGCCACGCCCGGCAGAGCCUGCAAGCCCUGCGCAGAGAACACCGGAGCCGGAGUGAUCGACGGGAGCAGAGGGCUGCUGCUCCCCUUUCCGUAGCUGCUCCCCCACUGCCUGCCUACCCCCCAGCCCACAGCCAGAGGAGGCGCGAAGUUAAGGACCGGCACUUCUUAACGUUUAACAGCACCCGUUCGCCCUCCCCCACUGAAUGUUGCCACAUGACCCCAUGGAGUAGAAAGUCCCAUCCCCCGGAGGACGAAGAUACAGAUGUCAUGUUAGGGCAGAGGCCGAAAAACCCAGUGCAUAAUAUCCCCUCGACACUGGACAAGCAGACCAACUGGAGCAAGGCGCUACCUCUCCCGACGCCAGAGGAGAAGAUGAAACAAGAUGCCCAAGUGAUUUCUUCCUGCAUCAUUCCCAUCAAUGUCACCGGAGUCGGCUUUGACCGAGAGGCUAGUAUUCGCUGCUCUCUUGUUCACUCACAAUCCGUACUACAGCGGAGGCGAAAACUGAGGAGGAGGAAAACCAUCUCGGGUAUCCCCAGGAGAGUCCAACAAGAAAUAGAUUCUGACGAAUCGCCCGUGGCCAGGGAAAGGAACGUGAUCGUGCACACCAAUCCAGACCCUUCCAACACCGUCAACAGGCGGUCUGGAACCAGGGACUCGGAGUGCCAAACCGAGGAUAUUCUGAUCGCGGCGCCAUCCAGGAGGAGAAUCAGAGCUCAAAGAGGUCAAAGCAUUGCAGCUUCCCUUUCUCAUUCGGCUGGCAACAUUUCUGCCCUGGCAGACAAAGGCGACACCAUGUUUCCCCCCGCGGUGAGCAGCCGCACGAGAUCUCGGAGCCUUCCCAGGGAGGGCAACAGAGGCGGGGACGCGGAGCCUAAAGCUGGUGCUAAAUCUUCAGCAUAUGAAGAGGGGGAGCCUUUCGUGGGAGACCAAGAAAGGACCCUUAACAGCUGCAGCGAGGCCCCCAGCAGCCCGAGUGCGGCGGAACACCAGCCUGCUCUGGGCCUGGCCUGCGCUCAGCAUCUUCACAGCCCCCAGCACAAGCUAAGUGAGAGAGGGCGGUCACGCCUGGCCCGCAUGGCCGCAGACUCUGGCAGCUGUGACAUCUCCUCCAACUCGGACACCUUCGGGAGCCCCAUCCACUGCAUCUCCACGGCUGGCGUCCUCCUCAGCAGCCACAUGGACCAGAAAGAUGACCACCAGUCCUCCAGUGGCAACUGGAGUGGCAGCAGCUCCACGUGCCCGUCGCAGACCUCAGAGACCAUCCCUCCGGCAGCUUCUCCGCCCCUCACUGGCUCUUCGCACUGUGACUCGGAGUUGUCGCUCAACACAGCCCCUCAUGCCAAUGAGGACGCCAGCGUCUUCGCGACAGAGCCGUACAACGACCCCCUGGAGAGAGCGCGAGGCCACCGCGCGAACUCCUUCAGCUCCACCGUGGCAGACCUGCUGGACGACCCCAACAACAGCACCGCCAGCGACAGCGAGUGGAACUACCUGCACCACCGCCACGACGCCUCCUGCCGCCAGGAUCUGAGUCCUGAGCGCCCCAAGGCGGACAGCCUGGGCUGCCCGAGCUUCACGAGCAUGGCCACGUACGACAGCUUCCUGGAGAAGUCUCCCUCGGACAAGGCAGACACCAGCUCUCACUUUUCGGUGGACACAGAAGGCUACUACACGUCCAUGCACUUCGACUGCGGUCUUAAAGGCACUAAGAGUUACGUGUGUCACUAUGCAGCCCUGGGCCCAGACAACGGCCAGGGCGUCGGGGCUCCUCCUCCUCUUCCGGACUGUGCCUGGCAGGACUACUUAGACCACAGGAGGCAGGGGAGACCGAGCAUCUCCUUCAGGAAACCAAAGGCAAAGCCGACCCCACCUAAACGGAGCUCAUCGUUGAGGAAGUCCGACGGAAACGCAGACCCUUCCGAGAAGAAAGAACCAAAGAUAAGCGGUGGCCAGCUCCCGCCUCACAGCUCCAGGGAAAUGAAGCUGCCUCUGGACUUCUCCAACACGCCUUCGAGAAUGGAAAGCGCCAGUCUUCCCACCAAGCAGGAACCUUCUUGGCUGAACCAGAGUGACCACGGCAUCACGGAACCUCCAUUAGACACUUCUGAGGCUGCGGCGUUCAAAGACGAAGGUGCUGAGUCAGCUCACUAUGCAGACCUCUGGCUUCUCAACGACUUGAAAACAAAUGACCCUUACAGAUCUUUAUCUAACUCAAGCACUGCUACGGGUACGACAGUCAUCGAAUGCAUCAAGUCUCCGGAGAGCUCCGAAUCCCAAACCUCCCAGUCCGAAUCGAGAGCCACCACCCCAUCCCUUCCUUCCGUGGACAGUGAGUUUAAACUGGCUUCCCCAGAAAAGCUGGCUGGCCUGGCCUCUCCAUCAAGUGGCUACUCCAGCCAGUCUGAGACACCAACCUCCUCUUUCCCUACGGCUUUCUUUUCCGGUCCGCUGUCUCCUGGAGGGAGCAAAAGAAAACCGAAAGUCCCGGAAAGGAAAUCCUCGCUACAGCAACCCUCUCUAAAAGAGGGAGCGCUGUCACUGAGUAAAGAUCUUGAACUUCCAAUUAUACCUCCUACCCAUCUUGACCUAAGUGCUCUUCAUAAUGUCUUGAAUAAACCAUUCCACCACCGCCACCCACUGCAUGUUUUUAGUCAUAAUAAGCCGAAUGCAAUAGGAGAAACCCUGAGGUCCCAUGCUCCCCCGUCUCUUGCAAUUACACCGACAGUGCUGAAAUCUGUUAGCCUUAGGUCCAUCGGUAAGUCGGAAGAAGUGAAGCAGAAAGAAGGCAACAAUGCAGAGCUUCCCUACUUGGAGGAAAGCACUCUCACAACGGCUGCCCUGUCUCCAGGUAAGAUGAGGCCACACAUGCCUAAGAAAUCACUGUCGCGCCAGUACCCCACAGAAGACACCAUACUGUCCUUUUUCGACUCCCCUGCAGUGGAGAUGGGACCAGACCAACUACAGCUGGAAAAAAAACAUACUUUUGAUGUGAAGAACCAUUGUGACCCGGAAGCAGUAACCUCAGCUGGCACCAGCCUUCUAGAUUCCAGGGUCCCAAAAGACCAAGCACCUGUGCAGAGCGAGCCUGCUCCAGAAAACACACCGCGGAAAACCUGUGACUUCCCCACAGAAGCAUUUCAGAGGGUCUCUGCUGCUCGCCCCAGUGAUGCAGAGGGUAAAGCAGGACCAUACGGAGAGGGUCCAGAUGGAGCCCUAGCACAGGUCCAGAAGCCGUCUUCCGGAGAUCAGGAGGAAGCUGCACACCCCGAGUCUGCGGAUGUGCUCACACCUCAGUCGGACUCACCGGCCAGAGGCACAGACCUAAGCAGUCACCUCAAGCUUCAACUUGGGAUGAGCCGCCACCACGACAAAGUGCCUGGGAAUAUUAGCUACGAAGCAGAGACAUCAACUGUAAAUCCACGCCCGGAAAAGUGUUCUGAGCAGGAAAAUAUCGCUUCAGGUAUUGCAGCCAAAAGUGCCUCUGAUAACAGCGGAGCAGAGGAGACCCAAGGAAGCACGGAAGAGGCUUUGCUGAAAGAAUCGUCCCUGAGUGAUGACUCUUUGAUUUCACCACUGAGUGAGGACUCUCAGGCUGAAGCGGAAAGUGUGUUCGUGUCUCCAAACAAACCUCGAACAACUGAGGAUUUAUUUGCGGUCAUUCACAGGUCCAAGAGGAAAGUACUUGGAAGAAAGGAUUCUGGGGACAUGUCUGUUCGAAGUAAAUCGAGAGCUUCCCUGGGCAGCAGUGGCGGCAACAGCGCUGCUCCUGCCGCUUCGCCCAACAGCAGUGGGACCCCCGCCAACAGCCAGAGGUCUCCCGGCCUCAUCUACCGAAACGCCAAAAAGUCCAACACGUCGAAUGAAGAGUUUAAGCUCUUGCUCCUCAAGAAGGGCAGCCGCUCCGAUUCCAGCUACCGCAUGUCGGCUACGGAGAUCCUCAAGAGCCCCGUCCUGCCCAAGCCUCCCGGGGAGCUCCCCGCCGAGUCCCCCCAAAGCCCCCAGGAGGCCCAUCAGGGCGCCCCCGCAGCGGAAGCCCUGUCCCCGCUCUCUCCAGGCGCCCCCCGCCUUAACGCCGAAGGGUUUUCCUCCAAGACCUUCGCCACCCCCGCCUCGGCCCGCGUUGGCCGCUCGCGGGCGCCCCCCGCGGCCAGCAGCAGCCGCUACAGCGUCCGCUGCCGGCUCUACAACGCGCCCAUGCAGGCCAUCUCCGAGGGCGAGACGGAGAACUCCGACGGGAGCCCGCACGACGACCGGUCCUCCCAGAGCUCAAGCUAGGCGGCGUGGCGCAGGCGGGCCGGCCGAGGCCACCGCUGGGUGGUUCGAGGAGGGGGAAGCGGAGCAGAAGCCUCGGGGGGGGCGGGGGGCGGGGGGCGGGGGGCGGCCCACCUCGGGGUCCCAUCUGCGUGCUGGGGAAACGGAAGGUGGUUCGGUCUCUCUCGAUUAUUUUCCGUGGUUUUUAGUCGCUGUGCUGUCGAUCCUAUUUUUCCUUAGCCUGGUUUUGAUUGGCCCGACCGCAUUCCUUUUGAUAAGAGAGCAUUUUAAAAUGUCAUCUUCUCACGAAACCUAGAAAACGUUUUCCCAGAGCUGCCUCUUCAGAAAGCAAAGCCCUCACGGUCCUAAUUCUUAAGAAGAUGAAAUUACUCUGGAGGUUUGGUAUUUUUUUACAUUAAAAUGAGAUAAAGCAAAAUAGAAGAAAGAACUACACACAUGUAAAUACCAUAUUUUUGAUAAGAACGUGUAAAUAGAUUUAUCAAUGAGGAGUGGACACGUGGCCAAUUACCUGCCAGACACCAACGGUUUAUAGAACACAACAAAUAAAGUGUAAUGAUUGUAUUCUGUGAAUACCAUUUUCAUAUCAAAUACCAUAUUUAAAUGUCCACCAAUAUGAUUUCUGAGUGAUAAACCUCAAAUAUGAAUUUUAAACUGAUGAAAUAAAGGAAAUCUUGAGGUCAUCUACUGAAAUGUGAUUAAUUUAAAAUUACGAAUUCAGACUUAACCAGUUUUGUGACAAAACUGCGGUACCAAACAAGUUAUUGGUAACGCAUGGCUGUGAUGUGCCAUGGGGUAAUUUGGACAGAAUGAAAAGCAUGCUUUUGAUUAAAAAAAAAAAAAUCAAUGAGAGAAAUCAUCAUUCUCAACACAAAGCCCGGAACAGCAACAUUUGAUCAUAUCCUUUAAACUUCAAAUUCUCAAUGGAUUGCUUUAAAGAGAAUGAACAGGGAAAACGAUCGUUAAUUUUAGGUUAUGUUUUUAUAUUAGGCUCCUGGGGACACAAACAAUCUGAUGACUAUAAUCUUUUCACCUCCUUAAACAGUUUAGCAAUUAGCUCCAGGUUCUUUCACUAACAAAAAUAAAACAUAAGCAUGCCACAGAGCUGUGGAGUUUUCAGUAAGUACCUGCAAUGAGUUUUCAGUGAAGCUUUCUCUCUGUGCUGAUGAGAUUCAUGCUACCUAAAAAUUAACAGAAAUGACACUGUGAACGAUGUAGUCGGGAAAUAGGUAUGUGUAUAUGCAUUAUUUAUAGUCACUGUUCAACUGGGAAUGGGGAGCAGCUCUGGUUCACGAUGCUACAUACACCUGGGUUUUUGUGUGAUUUUAUUCUGUCUGCUUGAUGGCAAAAAGGGAGGGUGGGGGUGGGAAAGGCAACGUCGGGGCAAGUGCUCUGAUAAAAUGAAGGCAGGGAAACAAGCUGAAUUACUUGAAAUUACUUGAAUUUUCUUGUCUUAAAACUGAAAAAAAAAUGUAGUUACAAGUUGAAAUCUGCAAAUGGGUUUUACACCUGUGAUUUUAACAUGAACUAAUGUUUGAAAUGAUAUGUCAGAAAUAUAAGCAGCUAUGUACUUAGAAUAUGUAUUGAAUGAGAGAAGGUAGAAAGUAGCGAACUAAGAAGGGAUAUGGCCUAUAAAAGAAUAGAAUGGGAUUAGAAUGAUAGAACAUACCAGAGUUACCAAGAAAUCGAUAAGCAGCUGGCUUUACGCUUAUGCAAGUGCUAUUUGGGAAAGUAGGAUGUGUGAACGGGGGUUUGUGGGUUUGGUUUCAUUCAUGCAAUAUGAAGGAGAAAGCCUGGUCUAAGAAGAUGCUGUUUUUCAACAGAAACUUUCUAAGACGUUACAGAGUGAGAAUUAGAGAAUCCGAUUGCUCUUCAUUUUUUGUUUUCUUUGGAAAGAAAAAAGUCUGAUUGAUUCUACUACUUUGGUUUCAUUAUCAAAUUGUGCUUCUUAAUUUCCUGUCAUCCUUGUAUGUAAAAUGGGUACUGGGGGUGGCGGGGGAGUGGAGGGAGAGUGUGUGUGUGUGUGUGUGUGUGUGUGUGUGUGUGUGCGCGCGCCUGCGCGCGAGCACUGGUGCGCUUGUGCUGGGAUAGAUAAGCUACCUGGUAAAGGGUACGUCUGAACAUUUACAAAGUGUUACACUUUUUACUAAAAGAACAAUGUUUGGGGGUUUGAAAAAAAUGGACCAUCAUUUCUCAUUGGAACCCAUUAGUUAAGAAAACCAGCAUGGGUUGACACCACAUGGGAACAUGAGUAACUUUUUCUCAUGCUUUGAAAAGUACACUUGACAAACUUUUAAAAAUAAGGUUUUUAGACAGAUGUCAUAAGAAACAGUCGUUUACCAGUCACAAUAGGUGAUCUUUUGUAAUUUUCAUAAAAGCAGUUCGUUUGCAGUAUGGCUUUUGUGUAGUUAGGGGUUUUUUAAGUGUAAAGAAAGGUAUGUGGGCUUUAAAAGUGAUUCUAAAUCUUGAAUGGAUAAUACGUGAAUUGGCUUUAACAAAUAUGUCACCUUCUUAUUGACAUUGAUUUAAGUAAUGGUACUAUAUUUUAAAAGACAUAUUGAAUUGUGAAGGCAAUAAGAUACCUUCUAUAUGUAAUGACCACAGAACUAACCCUUAUAAUAUAGUUUUACUUAUUUUGUUUACUCUAAAAAGCUAUAGCAGAGUUCCUCUAUUUUAUAUUUCAUAGAUUUAAAAAAAAACCCAAAUAAAGAUGGAUUUAAAAUUCACUGUGCAAAAGAGUAUUGAGUAACAAACUGAGUUUAAAAAGCAAGAAUUUCCUUAGUAAUUUGGAAUAUUCUACAUGGCUUUAUCCCAGAGCACAUGAGACCAAGAUUUAGGGCUGUCCUCAACAUCACUGCCGUCUCACGCAGGCUACACACAUUAGGUAUUAUGAAGAACAUCAACCCAAACUUUUCUUCUUUUGUUUGCACUGAUGCUAAUAUUUUGCCCUUUUAUGUUUAUAUGACAUGUCUGUGUUGUGUGGGGGAAGGUUGUUUUUUUUGUUUUGUUUUGUUUUGUUUUUUUGGUUUUUUUUUUGUUUUGGCUAAGUAGAGGACAUGGACUAGUUGUAGCAAACAAAACACACUGUUUGCUCUUGCCAAAGGUCAGUGAGUGAGUACAUUUGCUGCAGUGGUGGCAGACUCAGAGAACUAGAUCAAAACAAAGAUUUAAAACUAGGAGGAAGGUUACAGUGUAACUAUUUUGGUACUAGAACCAGUUCAUGCUGGCCAAAAGACAAUGGUUUAUGGACUUGCAUCCAUUUUGUAUUUUUGUAAUAUUUGUAAAUAUGAACUUUUUAAAUUGUUGCAAAAAUGGUUUCUUUUGUAAGAUGUUUUCAACGUUUACAUUCAAUUCAAGCCUUUGUAUAUUUUAGAGCUGUGCAACACUUUAAGUCUUGUAUUUAUUUUUAGUAAAAAUGGUGACAGUUUCAUUGUGAACCCCUCUCCAAAAAAAAAUGUACCAGAAAAGUUUGAUUACCUAGGAAGUGUGUAUAGAAACUGCAAAUAAACGUGACUGCAAUUAAA